AAUCCAUUCAUUCAGAGGCUGGAGAGCGCCAGGCGUGGAAGGUUGUACCGAGCGCUGUGAGUGAUCGCUACGGGGUGACACCCUCAUCCAUCACGCCAGCCUGGACUCUGCUGCUGGCUUUUAAGGAAAGGAACUAUCGUGUGUUGCGCAAUCGGCCGCGCUGUUCUGCUUCUCUUUGGAUUGUACUCUGCGCUAAGGAAAAGUAUCGCCGCGGAGCCCUCCCUUCACCACCUCCUCCCCUCCAUGCAGCUAACACGGAGCCUGGCUUUACCUCUGACCAGCUUAACCCACUGUGCAGGUUGACAGCCAUUGCUGUGCACAGUGAUCGGGGGGAGCCGUGGAUCUACGUCCCCCGCUGGCAGAGCCGGAGAUAAUUUGGGUUGUAGUAGUAUGAAACGUCUCAUGUCCCAUGCUUAAUCACCACUGCACCGCCCGGGUCCUCCGCAGCGCUGCUUCACAUGGGAUUGUGCCUGGAUCCUGCUCGCAGCUAGAUUUUCAGAUGCAUGCCAAGUUCCUGUUGAAUGCCAGAAGUCGAGAUCACUACAGAUGGAGCUACAUAGUCAACAUGGCCCUAGCGGUUCAUUAGCUGUCAUCCAGCAGCCUUCUUUAGACAGCAGGCAGCGGCUGGAGUAUGAACGAGAGGUUCCACCAGCCACUAUCUUGUCUCUGGACCAGAUCAAAGCUCUCCGGAGCAGAAACGAGUACACAGAGGGCCCAUCCAUGGUGAGGAAACAUGGGCCCAAAACUGCUCCACGAUACAGUAAGCAGGAGAGGACUCACGAAAUCCUACCAGUCAAUGUGAAUAAUAACAAUGAGCACAGACCCCCUCACUUGGCUCACACGGGACAUGUGUACAUGGCAAGGGCUCCUGUGCUCAGUAGGUCAACCAGCACAGGAAGUGCCGCAAGUUCUGGGAGCACAAAUAGUGCCUCUUCUGAACAAGAACUUUUGGGACAAUCUCCACCAACCAGACACAGCUCUGGCCACGGGACGGACAGGGUAGUUCGGAUGCAGCCGAAGGCAUCUGCAUUGGUAGCAGAUGACUUAAAGAGCUCUUUAAAAGUGGACUCAACGCAGCACAGGUUUAUUUGUGAACAGUGUGGAAAGUGCAAAUGUACAGACUGCACAGCUCCAAGGACCCUACCGUCAUGCUUGGCUUGCAAUCGUCAAUGUCUUUGCUCUGCUGAGAGCAUGGUGGAAUACAGCACUUGUAUGUGUCUGGUGAAAGCGGCUUUCUACCACUGCUCGAAUGACGACGAGGGCGACUCGUGUGCGGAUAACCCUUGUUCUUGCUCCCAAUCACACUGCUGCUCUAGAUACUUGUGCAUGGGACUCAUGUCCUUGUUCUUACCCUGCUUACUCUGCUACCCUCCUGCCAAGGGAUGCCUGAAACUGUGCCGUGGUUGUUAUGACAGAGUGAAUCGCCCAGGUUGCCGGUGUAAGAACUCAAAUACUGUAUACUGCAAACUGGAUGAUGUUCCUCGAGGUCAGGGCAAGCCCUCCUGACUUUGAGUGGAGGGAUUUUUCUGGACAACUUAUGGAUCCAUUUGCUGUGUAGGCUCUGCGUUUAUACAUGUGUGUUCAUAAGGUCAUCCAUGAAUCCUUUCGAUGUUCUACUUUGCCAGAUUUCCACAGUAAUAGGCCUAGAGGAGUUGUCGGCAUAGGCAUGUAUGUGCACAUUAACACCAUAUUUUGGCUUGAGGAACAAUGAUAAUACCUGUCCUUUGUACUGGUCUGUUAGCUAGUUCUUAGAAAUCACACGAGGAGUAGUUUUCUUAAAUUUGACAAUGGUAAGAUCUUAUCAUUAUGCAUUUUAUCUUUGAGUAAGAUAGGCAUUCCCUGCAAGUUGCCUUUACGUUCCUGCUCCUGGUAUUGGGUUCAUUCAGUAUGUGCAUUAAUGCCCACCCCUUCUAUCUUGUGUAUGCGUUGGCAUCAGACACGCUUGUGUAUGUUGAAGGACAUCUAUUUAAAUCCAGCCCACCCUCCAAUCUUCCUUAUCUUGUUCCUGUUACUAAUGUGUUAUUUUUCAGGUGCCAGAAAAUCCAGUAGCCUUAACGAAAUAAGCUCUUUCCUCCAGGGAUCUGAUAUUUUGUGCUUCCUGGCGGUGACCUGUUUUUUGUUUUUGUUUUGUUUUUUACGUCUUCUGUGUUUCAAUUGCCUUAGCCACAGCCUGGCUUUUUUUUUUUUUGUUUGUUUUUUUGUACAUUUUAUGUA